GGGUGUGGGGAGUGUCUCCGAGCCCGGCUUCCCGGGGUCCCGCCUGGACCAAUGAGAUGCGGGCAACGUCACAAGCACCCACCUCCUGGGCGGCCUGGGCUCCCUGGCUGGGCACUUGGCUCGCGCCCUGGAGCUGCUAGCAGCGCCGCUCAGUGUUUCUGUUCCCCGUGGGCCGUGGCCGCGGCCGCCCGUCCAACAUGGUGGACUACUACGAGGUGCUGGGCGUGCCCCGCCGGGCCUCGGCCAAUGCCAUCAGGAAGGCCUACCGCAAGCUGGCGCUCAGGUGGCACCCUGACAAGAACCCGGAGAGCAAGGAGGAGGCCGAGAGGCGGUUCAAACAAGUGGCCCAGGCGUACGAGGUGCUGUCCGACGCCAACAAGCGCGAAGUCUACGACCAGUGCGGCGAGGGGGCCGUGCAGGACGGCGACGUGGGCGGCGGCGGCGGCGGCGGCGGCGGCAGCGGCAGCGGGGGGCUCUUCCAGGACCCGUUCCAAUACGUCUUCACCUUCCGCGACCCGGCCGAGGUCUUCAGGGAGUUUUUUGGUGGCCGGCACCCAUUUUCGCUUGACUUGUUCAAAGACCCGCAUUUUGGGGGGUCGGAGGAGCUCCCGGAGAAGCAGAAAUAGAGGGUCUGCACCCCCUUCCUCCACCUUCAGUAA